CUGAGCCUCCGCAGCUUCAGCAUCACCAGUCAGCCUCGUCGGGUUCAAGUGCGGCUAAUCGCAGCUUGCCAGGCUCCCUCCUGUCACCGCACAGCUCAGCUCAGGCUGGCUCGCCUAGCAGACCCCCUUCCUCUCUGCAGAGAUCUUGUCUAAAGCAGCAUCAGCGCCGCCGCCUCCAAGCCACACCGGCAGACUCCGAGAAGCAACGCAAGGUGUCUCCGCCACGUUUAGCAGAAAACACAACGUCACGGCUUCCGAUUCUGCAGGGGGGAUUGCACCGCAUUUGGAUCUUAAGUGUGGAUUUGGACGAAAAAGGAAUGGCUGCUGCACAUCGGGAAGACUCUAUGUUCUGCAUUGUGGCUGUGCUGAGUGAUUAAGUGGAUGCCCUUCAAGCCAUGGAGGAGAUGGACAGUAAACCCUACCAGCCGUUGUCUAAAGGACGCCAUGAAAUGGAGAUGUCCUACACCAGUUCGUCUGAUGAGAGCGAGGAUGGCCGCGCCCACCACCGCUCUUACACAUCACGUGAAACCCUGCCUGACUACACGCAUGAGCUACGCCUCACGCUUGGUUCACACCGGGAAAGACAGAACAACUACAGCCAAGCCCAGCCAGAUUUAGAUUUCUGCAAGGCUGGUCAGAUGAGGAGCCCAGAAUACAUCCACCAACAGCAGCAAAAGCAGCAGCAUCAGCCUCAAGAGGAAGACGACGAAGUAUUGUGCUCCGGACCCACGACUCACAUCCACAGCCGCGGCUACUCCCUGGGCGUAGGUUCGGAUGUGGACACUGAGCCGGAGGUUGAUCCAUCACCCGCUCAUGGCUUGCAGCACAUGUGGAUGCGUGGUUUGAAGUCUGAACAGAGCUCCUGCCUGACGAGCCGCGCCAACUCUGCCCUGUCUCUUACCGACACCGAGCAUGACAGGAAAUCUGAGCCUGAUAAUGAGUUGCCCAGCAGUCCAGGUGGUCAGUUCACAUUUCGGCCAUUACCGCCACCUCCCCCGCCACCCCAUGCCUGCACCUGUGCCCGCCCAGCCCCUUAUACUCAAGUCAGCCUGCAGAGGAAGACCAUGCCAACACGAUGUCAGGCCAGCCAGGGUGUCCAGGGGCCUGACACCGGUUCAAGCACGGACCAGGCGCAGCUUCAUGACAGCUGGGUCCUGAACAGCAACAUUCCCCUAGAGACCAGACACUUCCUCUUCAAGCAGGGUUCGGGUUCAUCGGCCCUGCUGUCAGGUGCAGGUCAGGGUUAUCCCCUGACCUCUGGGACAGUGUACUCGCCUCCGCCCAGGCCCCUGCCUCGCAGCAGUGUGACCAGACCACUGUUUACCUUCAACAAGCCUCAUCGCUGCUGCAACUGGAAGUGCACAGCAUUAUCGGCAUCACUUCUUACUCUCACGCUGGCCCUGCUACUCACAUAUGUCAUCGCGGUCCACCUGUUAGGUCUGACCUGGCAUCUGCGGCAUGGCGAGAGCCAGCUGUAUGAGAACGGUGUGAGCGCGACGGACCAUCAGCAGGAGGAUCGCAAAACCAGACCUACCAGCUCCAUCCACCUGCUGGAUGCACUCAACCCUGAGAACACACACGCCAGUGACAGAGACAAGUGGGUGCGCGGACGCGCCAUCGACCGUGGCGAGGUCGACAUCGGGACUCAACAGAGUCAGGCCAUUCCACCAGGACUGUUUUGGAGGUUUCAUAUGACCGUGCAUCAUCCGACCAACAUCAAGUUCAAUCUCUCGCUAUCCCACAAUGCUCUUCUGGGGGUGUACGGACGCAGGAACGUACCACCUACACACACACAGUUUGACUUUGUGAAACUGCUGGAUGGGAAGGUGCUGCCCAGGUCUUUGAGUGAUCCAGUUUCUGGCAAAGCACCUAAAGGUCUGCUGCUGAGCGGCCUUCAAGAGACACACUUCGUCGAGUACAUGGACCCUGGCACCUGGCACCUGGCUCUCUACAAUGAUGGACGCAACCUGGAGCAGGUCUUGCUCCACAGCACUCCAAUAGACACGAUGGACGGCUGCUCCAAAGGCUGUAACGGAAAUGGAGAGUGUGUAGCCGGACGUUGCCACUGCUUUGCUGGAUUCAUGGGUCCCAACUGUGCCAAGGAUUCGUGCCCUGUCUUGUGCAGCGGUAACGGCGUGUAUGAGAAGGGACGGUGUGUGUGCCUGGCUGGGUGGAAGGGGGCCGAGUGUAACGUGGAGGAAGGUCAGUGUAUUGACCCUACCUGCUCCAACCACGGCUCCUGUAUCCAGGGCAUCUGCAUUUGCAGCCCGGCCUACAAGGGAGUCAACUGUGAACAAGAAGACUGUGUGGACCCUCAGUGUGGUGGACAUGGUGUGUGUGUUCGCGGGGAGUGCGUGUGCUCUCCUGGUUGGGCGGGAGUGAGCUGUGAUGACCCGCUGCCAGCCUGUCAGGAGCAGUGUUCGGGACAUGGCACCUACCUCCCUGAGUCAGACACCUGCGCCUGCCAGCCCAACUGGACGGGACCAGACUGUUACAUUGAGCUGUGCCCAGUUCCGUGUGGCAGCCAUGGUGUUUGCUCAGAGGGCCAGUGCCAGUGUGAGGAGGGUUGGCUCGGUGCGGCGUGUGACCAGAGAGCGUGCCAUCCUCGCUGUGAAGAACACGGCCAGUGCCACGAUGGGACUUGCAUCUGCCAGCCUGGCUGGGAGGGAGAGCACUGCAACAUUGUUACUCACGAUUUGGACAUUGUUGUAAAAGAUGGCUGCCCAGGGUUGUGCAGCGGGCACGGGCGCUGUACCCUGGAGCAGAGUGGAUGGCGCUGCGUCUGCCAGGCUGGAUGGAGUGGGCCUGGAUGCAGCGUUGUCAUGGAAACUGACUGCAGUGAUGGAACAGACAACGACGGAGAUGGUCUGAUUGACUGCGUGGACCCGGACUGUUGCGAGCAGCUGAGCUGCGGCUCUGACCCUUUGUGCCGCGGCUCAGCCGACCCCAUGGCCCUGUUGCAGCGGAGCCCGUUGCCCCCCACUGCUCCCCCCUCACCUACUAACAUGCACACUCACAGUUUCUACCACCGCAUCCACUUUCUCCUUGGGAAAUCAGCCACACACGCUCUCCCUGGAGACGUGCCCUUUGAUACCAGUCGCGUAGCGGUGAUUCGAGGCGGCGUCGUGCUGCAAGAUGGCUCUCCACUGGUCGGCGUCAAUAUUACCUUUCCUCAGCACCCAGAGUAUGGUUACACCAUCAGUCGGCAGGAUGGGAGUUAUGACCUGGUGACCUUGGGCGCAAUGUCCGUGACACUGAUGUUCCAUCGCCCACCCUUCUUGCCACAAACACGCACUGUGUGGACACCAAACAACAACUUUCUGGUUCUGGAUCAAGUCAUCAUGUCCAGGGAGGAGGUGCAGCUUCCUCAGUGUGAUGUUAGGAGUGUUUUGAGUCCUUAUCCGCUGGUCCUGCCCUACCCACUACCCAGAUACACAGGGGCAUGUGCAGAGAAAGGUCCUGCUGUACCCGAGCUUCAGGCGGUGCAAGAAGAAGUUGCGAUUCCAGGAGCCUUCAUGAAGUUGAAUUAUUUGAGUACCCGUGCUGCAGGCUACCUCUCCUUGCUGCGCAUCCUCCUUACGCCUCCCUCCCCGUCCUCCCCCAUUUCUCCUCUGGGCGGUCUGUCCAAGGUGCAUGUCCGUGCAUCGGUCCAGGGAAGGCUGUACCAGCGCUGGUACCCGGCUGGGCCUGGCCUGGUGCACAGGCUGACCUGGAAUAAGACGGAUGUUUACGGCCAGGAGGUGUGGGGCCUCACUCAUGCAACUGUAUCAGUUGGCUAUGAGUACGAAUCAUGCCCUGGAGUUAUUCAGUGGGAGAGGAGGACAGCUCUCAUGCAGGGUUUUGAGCUGGUGCCCUCUCACCUCGGAGGCUGGUCUUUGGACAAGCAUCAUUCGCUCAACAUACGUAGUGGAAUCCUCCACAAGGGGAAUGGAGAAAAUGUCUUCCUUUCCCAGCAGCCUCCUGUCAUCACCACUGUAAUGGGGAAUGGAUUUUACCGGAGUGUCCCCUGUGGCCCAAGCUGCAGUGGUGCGGCCAAGGACAUGAUGCUAUAUGCCCCUGUGGCACUGUCCAGUGGUCCCGAUGGUUCUCUUUAUGUUGGGGACUUCAACUUCAUUCGCAGGGUCCAUCCAGAUGGAUACACUAGAACCAUACUGGAACUUAAGAACCGAGACACCAGACACAGCACCAGCCCAGCCCAUAAAUACUACCUAGCCAUGGACCCGAUGGGGGAAGUUCUUUAUGUGUCGGACACCAGCAGUCGCAGAGUGUACAGAGUGAGAAAUCUUGGUCAGCCGAAAGAUCCGUCUCGUAAUCUGGAGGUGGUAGCCGGGACGGGUGAGCAGUGUCUACCCUUUGAACAGAGCCACUGUGGAGAGGGCAGGAAGGCCACUGAAGCUGCACUUAAUAACCCCCGAGGUAUUGCAGUGGAUAAAAGGGGUGUCGUCUACUUUGUUGAUGGCACCACCAUUCAGAAGAUUAACGAGAGAGGUUUGCUUUCCACUGUGAUUGGCUCCAACGGACUGAUGUCAACGCAACCACUAAGCUGUGAUGCACGUAUGGAUAUCAGCCAGGUGCGUCUGGAGUGGCCAACUGACUUGGCCAUUAACCCUCUGGACAACUCCCUCUACAUCUUGGACAACAACAUUGUGUUACAGGUAUCAGAGACUCUUCAGGUGCGUAUUGUUGCCGGCCGCCCCAUCCACUGCCAAGUUCCAGGUAUUGACCACCAUUUGGUGAGUCGAGCUGCGGUUCGGGCCACUCUGGAAGCCGCAAAAGCCAUCGCCGUCUCUCAUUUGGGCACCCUGUUCAUCGCAGAGACAGAUGAGAGGCGCAUCAACCGCAUUCAGCAGGUGUCAACCAAUGGGGAGAUAUCAGUUAUCUCCGGAGCUCCUACGGACUGCGACUGCAAGAUAGACCCCAACUGUGACUGCUUCUCUGGUGACGGAGGCUACGCUCGUGACGCUCGUCUGAAAGCCCCCUCCUCUCUGGCUGUGGGUCCCAAUGGAACCCUCUAUAUUGCUGAUCUAGGCAACAUCCGAAUCCGAGCUGUGAGCCCCAACCAGCCUCAACCCGGCCCAGCUGGGGUGGUGGAGAUCAGAUCGCCACUGGAUCAGGAGCUGUAUCUUUUCAGUCAGAAUGGCUCCCACCUGUACACCAAGCACCUGAUCACCGGCCACUACCUAUACAAUUUCUCAUACGGCAGAGACGGCCUGCUGUCUGGAGUAAUCGGCCGUGAUGCUUACGGACUCCAGGUGAAGAGAGAUGCUCACGGCGUGCCGCUCUGGCUGGCGCUACCCGGUGGACAGGUGUACCGGUUGUCUCUUAGCAACAGCGGAACUCUGAGGAAGGUGUCAGGCCAGGGUCACGACGUUGCCCACAUCACUUACCAUGGUAACACUGGUCUCCUAGCAACCAAGAGUGAUGAGAACAGUUGGACCACUGUUUAUGAAUACAACAACGAAGGUCGUGUGAUCAACAUCACCCUCCCUACCGGUGAUGUGCGGGGUUUCCAAGGCAACCUGGAGCGCUGGUCUCGGGUGGAGGUUGAGGCUUCCAAUCGCGAGAACUUUGUCACCAGUACCAACCUGUCCGCCAGUGACACCAUUUACACAUUCAAACGAGACCAUGCACAGAGUUCAUACAAAGUCAGCGCCGACGGCUCGUUCUUUGUGUCGCUGGCCAGCGGGAUGGAGCUGUCACUCAGCACGGAGCCCCUCCUCCCUGGGGGUGCUGGGGGUGGAGUCAGCCCAACCGCAAGCCGCUGUAACAUCAGCCUGCCCGGUGACCAUGCCCCCAGCCUGAUCGAGUGGAGGCAGAGGAAGGAGCAGAGCAAGACGAACUACACCACUUAUGAACGCAGACUCAGGGCACAUAACAGGAACCUUCUGUCUAUAGAUUUUGAUCAGAACACCAGAGUCGGGAAGAUCUAUGACGACCACAGGAAAUUCACCCUCCAUAUCCAGUAUGAUACUCUCGGCCGACCUGUGGUCUGGUCCCCAAGUAGCAAAUACACAGAAGUAAAUGUCACCUACUCCGGGGGUGGACUCUUGUCAGCCAUCCACCGUGGAGAAUGGUUUGAACGUCUGAAAUAUGAGAAUGAUAAGGUGGUGUCCAGAGCCUGGGUGAAUGGCAAGAUAUGGAGCUACACAUACAUAGACAAAUCUGUCAUGCUUCUCCUGCACAGCCAGCGACGAUAUGUCUUUGAAUAUGAUCAAACAGACCGCCUGAUUGCGGUCACACUGCCCAGCAUGGCCAAACACAGCCUGCACUCACUCCUGUCCAUUGGCUACUACCGGAAUAUCUACACGCCUCCAGACAGCCAGGCGUCCUUCUUGCAGGACCACACCCUGGAUGGGAGGCUGCUUAGAAGUCAGUACUUGGGAACAGGACGCAGUGUCAUCUACAGGUAUACUCCAGCAGCACGGCUCUCUGAGAUGACUUAUGACUCCACCUUGGUGACCUUCACUUACGAUGAGGCCUCUGGCACUGUCAAGACCAUCCAUCUAACCCAUAAUGGCUUCAUAAGCUCCAUACGAUACAGGCAGACAGGACCACUGACCAGCCGGCAGAUCUUCCGCUUCAGCGAGGAAGGUUUAGUCAAUGCCAGGUUUGACUACAGUUAUAAUAACUUCCGAGUGACCAGCAUGCAGGCGGUGAUCAAUGAGACUCCCCUGCCAAUCGAUCUGUACCGAUAUGUCGAUGUAUCGGGACGGGUGGAGCAGUUUGGCAAGUUCAGCGUCAUCUUCUACGACCUUAAUCAGGUGAUCACCACCCAUCUGAUGAAGCACACCAAGGUGUUUAACUCCUACGGCCAGGUGGUGGAGGUCCAGUACGAGAUCCUCAAAUCCAUUGCCUAUUGGAUGACCAUCCAGUAUGACUCCGCGGGACGUACGACCACCUGUGACAUUCGAGUGGGCGUGGACAGCAAUGUGACGCGUUACACCUACGAGUACGAUGCAGAUAGCCAACUGCAAAGUGCCGCCGUCAAUGAACGGCCUCAGUGGCGCUACAGCUAUGACCUCAAUGGGAACAUCAACCUGCUUAGCCAUGGCACCAGCGCAAGGUUGGUUCCACUGCGUUAUGACCAGCGAGACCGCAUCACACACCUUGGCGAGAUACAAUACAGUGUGGAUGAAGACGGCUUCCUCCGUCAGCGUGCCAAUGACCUAUUUGACUACAACUCCAAUGGGCUUCUGACACGGGUCUUUAACAGAGCGACUGAGCGAACCGUGUGGUACCGAUACGACGGGCUGGGCCGGCGGGUGGCCACCAAGACGAGUCUGGGCGAGCAGCUGCAGUUCUUUUAUGCUGAUCUUUCACACCCCACCCGGGUCAGCCACUUGUACAACCACAGCAGCAGCCUGAUCACAUCGCUGUACUAUGACCUUCAGGGCCACCUCAUCGCCAUGGAGCUGAGCAGCGGGGAGGAGUACUACGUGGCCUGUGACAGUGUGGGGACCCCGAGGGCUGUUUUCUCAAGCAAGGGCCGACUGGUCAAGGAGAUCCUCUAUACCCCUUAUGGAGAAGUCUAUCAGGACACUAACCCUGAUUUCCAGCUAAUCAUUGGCUUCCAUGGAGGCAUGUAUGAUCCUCUCACACGGCUCGUCCACCUGGGAAGGCGGGAUUAUGACACACUAGCUGGUCGCUGGACUUCACCAAACCAUGAAUUAUGGGCGGACUUGAGCAAGGAGCCAAAGCCUUUUAACUUGUACGCCUUCAGAAAUAAUUGUCCUGUGGGGAGAGUGGAGGAAGUGACGCAGUUUACAACAGACAUUGGCAGCUGGCUGCAGCUAUUUGGCUUCCAGCUUCAUAAUGUUGUUCCAGGCUUCCCAAAGCCUGAGCUCGGCCGCAUGGAACAGACAUAUGAACUGAUGACGACCCAAACCAAGACACAAGACUGGGACUCUAGCAAGGUGGUUUUGGGAAUCCAGUGUGAGCUGCGCAAACAGUUGAGGCGUUUCAUCUCUCUGGAGCGUUUACCGCUGGUGUCAUCACCGGUAGGCUCCGCCUGCCACAGACCGACACGCCCGCCACCCUUCGGAUCCCGACCCUCUAUUCUCGGCCCCAGCAUCCGCUUUGCCAUCUCCCACGGCCAUGUAAGCGCAGAAGUCAUCGGCGUGGCCAGCGAGGACAGCCGCCGCGUGGCAGCCAUUUUGAACGGCGCAGUCCACCUCGGCGGGUUGAGCUUCACCGUGCACGGCUGCGACACCCACCACUUCCUCCAGUCCAGGCCCAUCGAGGAAGAUCUCGCUCUGGGGUUAGGGGUUGGCGGGCGCGUCCUGGAGAGCGGGGUCAACGUGAGCGUGUCGCAGAUGAGCGCCAUGGUCAGUGGCAGAACUCGUCGGUUCGCCGACAUCACUCUCCAGCAGGGGGCGCUGUGUUUGUGCAUCCGUUAUGGUGGGAGUGAGGAGGAGGAGAGGGCGAGGGUGAGAGAGGAGGCCAGGAGAAGAGCGGUGGAGGGGGCGUGGGAUCACGAGAGGAAGAAGGUGGAAUUAGGGGACCUGGGGAGCCGAGCGUGGAGCGAAGUGGAGAAGCAGCAGCUGCUGUCCACUGGACGUGUGCAGGGUUACGACGGCUACUACUCCCUGCCUAUAGAGCAGCAACCUGAGCUGUCCGACUGCCCCUCCAACAUCCACUUCAUGACUCUGAGCGAGGUGGGGGGCAGGUAACACUCAAGCAGCUCCCCCACCCCACCAAAGACUGCCUGUUUCUACUCGACUCCAAUUUGUUCUACCCUUUCUAUACUGUAUAAAAAAAGAAGACAUCAUCAGAGAAGAACAAGAAGAGCGAUUAGGGGAAAAAGAUCUCCAAAUGCCUUUAAUUGUGACAGAAUGAUGGUAUUUUAUUAUUAUUGUCUGGUUUCUAACAGUGGCACAAGCAAGUGUGGUUUGGCUGUGGCUUCGCUUUUUGUAUCCCUGCUAGCCUGAGACUUCACUGACUCAUCUGCUGUCUCAACACUUCUUCACUUUGGAUUCUGUUCCAGGUCACCCUGAAAACUCGUUCAAAUUAUCUGCAUUCAAGAACUCUCCGGUUGUCCAGUUUCUGGGUGGUUUACCUCGGCUAUACUGUACUCCCGUUUACAUAAAGCGUAAGAGAGGCCUUGUCAACGUUGAAACUCCACAAACCUCUUCUGGAUAGCUGCCUCUGCUGUGCUCCAACAGUAGUUUGUGUGAGUGUGUAUACUCCAAUCAAGAAUGUACAUAGCCAGUGUUCUCACUCACUGAGAAAAAAGUGCUCAACUGGAAGUUCUGUUGUUCAUAAGUAAGUGUCAGUAUUGUUAAUCAAUAGAAAAAGCAGUUACAUUUUUGCAAAGAAUUAUACAUGGCUAUAGUAAAUAUUCUCGCUGAAAAAUCUGACUUUAUGGGGUUCCAAUGCUGAUUAAAGUUAUUAUGUGUGAA